ACAACUCCAGCUUUAACAGCAUACUACAACGCCGUCCGGCAAAACAAUGAGAGCACAGCUGUGGCAUUCUGGACGCUCGUAUUUAAAACAUUUUUUCCAGAAGAGCAAUAUAAUUUCGUUCGAGAGAUGGCAGCUUCAGCAAAUGAUCCACAACGGCGCGUUGAUGGUCAACUGCAGUAUGUUGAGGCUGGAACACCGCGUAUCAUGGUUCUGUUCUUCCACGAAGCCAAACGGGCAAGCCAAUCCACUACUGCGAUGCAAGAAGUCGAGGGACAGGCUUUUGAGGCUUGUGGCACCUACCUAGACUAUAAACGACUCAGCUUCGUAUACGCCGUAACAACGAUUGGUACUGAAGCACGGCUGUGGAAAUACGAAUCAGAUGGUAAUUUUCGAAGUCUCACAGUUAACUCUUCCGGGAAUGCUCAACCUCAAGGGACUCGCAGUGCUUAUAUUGAUGCAAAUUCCGUGGACGCUGCUCAAUUGCGUGCCGGUUUGUUGCACAUGAAGCAACUUCCGCCUAGCUCUGCUUAUACUCCAUCAGCGUUACCGUCACAGAGCUCGAAUCAGGUGCCACAGCCAACAUUUUCGGUACUGCCAUCCACCCCAUCGAACACAUCGACUACACAGUGGAUACAGCACUCAACUGGAAGGUGGUAUCGGUACGUAAAUGGCCAAAUUGAGUGGAACUGAUAGGUAUAUAACUAUUGGGAUUUCGGUGGAUACUGAGUUAUCGUCAUGGUCUUCUUUUUUAGUUCUGUGUUUUCGUUACGAUUUACGUAGUAGGAAACACUUCUUGUGAGAUUUAUCCGUCGAGACAGAGACUGUACAACCAAGUCCAAUGAGCCGCACAAUCUUUGCAAGCAC